AUGGCGGCCGCCAUGAUGGAUCCUACAGGUGUAGGGUUUUUGUUACAGGCUUCAGCCGUUAUUGUCACGAUUGUAGUCUUGUUUGUGAUACAGAUCACAUUUGGAAUGAUAGCUUUUCGGUCAAGAUGUCAGAAUUUAUUUACAAUUUUAUUGAUAUCCGCAGUAGGGCUAUCUGUGCAAAGUGUUUUGAUUAUUGCUCUAUUCAAUAGUACAGACGGAUGGAGAAAUACUUUUCACGAAAGGCAUAUAUACAAUUGUGUGCCACGCAAUUCCAUUCAACAACAUGAAGAAGGCCAAGACAAUGCUGAAUAUAUCGAGUAUUGUGGGGAUUUUCGUAUGUUAUCCCUCGUUCUAUCAGUAGUACAUUUUGUUGUUUUAAUGGGACAGACACCAUUAAACAAUUCAUUCACAGACAAACGAAAAAUGCUGUAUUGUGGAGGUAUUGUAUACUUCUGUAUUGUUACCUGUAUCAUGGGCUGGGUUUAUUGGCCACCAAACCGUGAUAUAUCAUUCACUACUAUCAUUGAAUCUCUCCAUCAUGUCACUCUGCCGACCUGUUUACAAGCGGCGCGGGAACAGACUAUUCCUGUUCUGAUGGAAACAUUGGGUAUAUACGUACCAGCGUUAUGUAUAUUAUCACUAACCGAUGGAAAAUGGCAGCAAUGUGCUAUAUUCAAGAACUGUUUGACAGAAGAUGGUACUCACUGUGACGUUUGUUGCGGUGCCAAUGGACUUCUAAGUGACUGUUUUAUGUUUUAUGCAUUAAUUAUGGUAAUAUUGAGACCUGCGUUAUAUAUUUACUACUCUAUCUAUGAUUCUCAAAUAACGGAAAUUUUUGUAUUCGGUUGCAAUUUGUUUAUUCCCAUAGUUUUGUCGAUAAACGCAAUACCAUAUUUAAACAGCAUAUUCAUAAAAAGAAAACAUUUGAUAUAUGGCCAUGAAUCAAAUAUGUUCAUAGUAUGA